AUGGACCUAAAAACAAGGCUUCGCAAGGCCUGCGAUGCCUGCAGUAUUCGAAAAGUGAAGUGUGAUGCCGGUGGGCCUCCAUGUCGGUCAUGCGCUAGCUUGGAUAUUCCCUGCACCUAUGAAAGACCAAGCAGACGCCGUGGUCCUCCCAACCGCCAUGCAGAGGCGAUCAAGAAACAAAAGCGAGAGCCCGAUGAUGCAGCUUCGCUGAGCCCAACGGAUUAUCCGACGACUCCGCACGCGACGCCGCUCAUCAACCAAUCUGCGCCACUUCCUCUUUCGGCGGAAUCAAUAUGUUCCUUGCACACAGUGCAGCUACUACUCGAUGAUUUUUUUACUUACAUUCAUCCAUUGGUGCCAGUCCCACAUGAGCCAACUUUCCGAGCAGCCUUUGAGCGCCGAGAAGAUGCAACUAAUCACACAUUUUUGGCGCUUUUGGCAUCAAUGAUCGGACUUCUCGUGGCCUCUUUCCCUCGAAGGCCUAAGCUUCGCCUCAACACCGAAGCCGAACGUGCUGCCUUUCCGCACUCUAUAGCUCUGGUAAAACGCUGCCUUGACAUUGCUAUUCAGGCCCGCGGCAUCGGGUAUCUUGAUCGCAAUGCUACAGUCUACGACGCAGCAAUCAGUUAUUUUCUCGCAGUUUGUGCGGGAUAUAUCUACAACAUGCGUCGAUGCCGAAUUUACUUGUCCGAAUGCCGUUCCAUGCUCCAGGUAUAUGACCUCUGUCGCCCUGCCACCAAUCUUUCGAUCUCGACACUAGGGGGGCCUCAUCCAUUACCAUCGGCACAUAGUUUCACAGAAAGCCCACACGUUGAUCUUAUCACGCAAGAGCUCGGUCGGCGUCUUUUCUAUGUCACUUUUGUGGGCUACCAGACAUUACAUCAGAUGGGUUCCUCGGAUCUCAAAAUCCAUGUUCCUCCAGAAACACCAAGUGACCGUUAUCCACCGCUUCCACUGGAAAUCGACGAUGAAUUUCUCUUUCCUACACAUUGCGAGCCACAGCCACCAGACCGUGUUUCGCAACUAGUCGGAUUCAAUGCAAAUGUGCGCGUCUAUAGUUCAUAUAACGCCUUGCUGUCCUGGGAAAUCGCCUUUGGCAGCGGCCACAUCUUCGACUGGGAACACCAACGCAAUAGCAUUUGGGGUUGUCUCAAGAAAGCGAAAUCUGCGCUCCUUGAUGUUCCUUCCGAGCUGUCUCUCCACCAUCCGCAACACAAGUUCGCGGCUGGUACGUCCGGCUUUGGAGAUAGCGCAGCAUUCAGCUACUCCGAUGAUCACAUCCACCAAGAACGACGUGCUAUCCAAUAUGAGAUCCAGAAAGCCAACAUCUACGCCAGUCAGCUGUGUACCAGGUCAUAUCUGGUCGAGAAGUAUUGGAGCCUGUCCGAGGCAUUCUCAAAGUAUGGAAAGUCGUCGGCUUCGACUGGUCUGGGCAGCACCACACCCCACGUCAGGAUGGAAGGCAGAUCCGAUGCGUUUCCGACUACGGCUCCGACUGGCUCUACUCCCUUUGAGGCCGAGAGCCAAGCGCAUCCCCAUGCAGAAGCAGACUAUAUCGGCCAAAUCAUGGCCGAAGAGCGCAAGCUUGUCAUCAAAGAUCUCUUCGUCCUUCUACGGACAGUAAACGAAGUGAACAUGGAGCCCAACGGUGCAAGUAUUACUAUGAAAAUCCGCCAAGUAGCAUCCACCCUCCUCGGUCUCUCCAACCGCCCCAAACAACAAACCACCGAAAGCCUAGACCUGACAGAGCCACAAUUACCAACUGCAGCACCACCGGGUAUUCACGUCCUCACAGCCGCAGAGGCGGAAUCCUACCUCCAUGCAUUCAUUGAGACUCUUGUCCGGUUGGAAUGCCAUCCCCCAAUAAUUGAUCCACCCAGUAACGUUGAAGGCGUGAGCCCGCAGACGAACGGCCGCGCGAUGAGCUAUUUGAGUGAUUAUGAUCGGGAUCAAGAAGAACUAAGCCAAUGGGCUAGUUUGAAGGAGUAUCAGCAGAAGUUUGCUGAGGCUGGUGGGAUUUUCCAUCAGUUGUAG